GACAUGAAGAACCGGCUUGCUUUCCUGAGGAGGAGAAAUGAAUCUCCAGCAAGCAAUUCAGCUGGAAAGUUGGACAAAUCCAUGAAGUCAGUAAAGCCUACGCCAGAAGAGGCUCUCAAAUGGGGGGAGUCCCUGGACAAGCUCCUGAUACAUAAAUAUGGUCUGGCAGCAUUCAGAGCUUUUCUGCGCACAGAGUUCAGUGAGGAGAACCUGGAAUUCUGGUUGGCAUGUGAGGAUUACAAGAAAAUCAAGUUACAAUCCAAGAUGGUGUCAAAAUCCAAGAAAAUAUUUGCAGAAUAUAUUGCUAUCCAGUCAUGUAAAGAGGUGAACUUAGAUUCGUGCACCAGAGAGCAUACCAAAGAGAACCUGCAGAAUGUGACACGCUCCUGCUUUGAUCUGGCACAGCGGAGGAUAUACGGGCUGAUGGAGAAGGACUCCUACCCUCGCUUCCUCCGUUCUGAACUCUAUAUAGACUUAGUCAAUCAAAAAAAAAACAGUUCAACAUCCACCUCCUCUUCAUCGUAG